UGGCCGGUGUGUUUGCUAGUUUACGUUUUUGGUUGUUUCCCUUGCACGGAGUAUUUCUCCUGAGAUUCCUCGGAUUUUACGCGGCGUAUCUUGUUAACAAACAAUCGGGAUAAUUGAGAGAAAACGCAGAAGACUUGUCGGCGGUGGUUGUUGGCGGCGGCGGAGACGAUGGAAAAUCUGGAGGAAGUGUUACAGGCCCUCGACGAAUUCCAGAAGAUGCGACCGUCGGUGAUCCCGCAGGAGCUCGAGGAUUACCUGUGUUGGGUCGCCAAGACCGGCGAUCCCGUGUACCAGUGGCCGCUGAUCAAGACCCUCGUCCGGGAGAAACUCACCCGCGUGAUGACGGACUUUUACGAAAGCUGCCCCACUCUAGAACUCGCGCCCUGUCCCAACGUCGAGCAUUUCAAUUACGAUACCAUGAAAAGUAACCUGCUCGAGAGGUUGGAAUCGUUCGCGAACGCGCCCUUCACUGUUCAACGAAUAUGCGAGCUGCUGACGGCACCGCGUAAGGAGUACAAUCGCGUGGACAAGUUUAUGCGCGCCAUCGAGAAGAAUAUCCUGGUGGUGUCGACACGCGAGCCCGGACCCAUAACCAGACGUGGCGAAACGGGUGACGGUAUGGUUAACGGUUCCGUCGAGGAAGACGCGGCCUCUGUUACCCAGCAACCACCACCACCGUCACCGUCGCAGCCGUCGUCGCAGCCUUCCUCGCAGACGACUCAGCCGCAAGCAGCAGCACAACCAGUACAGCCGACCUCACAAGAUGUGGAAAUGGAGUACUGGGAGAAGGACUGUAGCUCCACUGUCACAAUUAGUGUACACACCGUCGAGAACGAGCCAUCGCUUCUGCACAGCGCUGUCAUCCCGGCGUCUGAUUCCACUCUAACCAAGAGUCUGUUUACAGACGAGACCGUUCGAGAGAAAAUUGAACAAGUUACCUCUAGAACGGAUAUCUCAACGUCAAAUUAUAUCAACACUGUUUCAGAUUUCUCUACUAUAUCAAAUUUAAAUUUACAGCCACAUGGACCAGAAGCCAUUGCGACUGCUGUUCCUGUAGUACAGAGUAUAUCGGCAGUCGAAGCAGUCUCGGAAGACUCCAUGCUCCCAAGCACCGAUAUAGCAGUUUCAAUCAUGAACGAGGAUACCAAUUCUCAACCUAAUUUAGAUAUGGAAAAUGAAGAGAUUGACACAACAGUGACAGCAAGUACCACGACAUCCACAACCACGACUACGACGACGAUGGCUGCUACAGCGACAGCAACGACAACGACAGCAACGUCAACGACAUCGAUAUCAACGGCGGCAACGACGACGGUGACUGUGGUGGCCACGGUGAUACCAUUAACGACGGAUACCACACGAAAGCUGCAAGCCGCUUUCCAAGCGAAACGCUUCGAGUCCGGCGAUAACAAAUCUAUGGACAAGUCCAAUGAGAAAACGACGGAUCCGUCGACUUUAGGCAGCGUGGAGGAGGAGAUUGGACACCCCUUGAAAAACGAAGAACCGACCAAAUCAAGCCCCGAGCGUAUAGACUCCGACGAGAUGUCUCGCGAUGAAAGUAGAUUAACUGAAAAUUUAUUACAUACGGACGUUGAAAUGAAAUCUGACGCUUCGGCAGAUAAUACUGAAAGUGUCGAAGAAACAGCUCCUGAUAAACCGAAAGAAGAAGAAUCGUCGAUCCUCGAAGACUUAGAGGAGGAAAACUUGCGUUCCCCGAGCAGCCAGAAUGCGACGGCACUCAUUGAGUCGCAGUCCAUGAAAAAAGAUAGCACAGUCACAUCCGAUGAAUGCAUGAGCGCAGUCAUCGUGUCCAGUACCGAAGCAGUAUACAAAACAGAAAAAUCCGAGAUACAUUCUAAAGAGACGUCUGAAACGAUUUCUUCCAUAGAGUGUUUUACACGUGACAAAUCUAUAAGCCAAAAAACGGAGAGUAUGGAAGAAACAGAUAAAGUCCUAGAAGCUAUUCCUACAACAGCAUCUUCCAACAGCAACACUAAUGGACAAGAAGAGCAAGAGUCCGAAUUUAACAACGAUAAUUUGAACAUUAUGGAAAUUUCCAACGACAAGGUAGCUCUUGUUGAGUCUAUGGCAUCGGAUCCAAUAAUCAGCGUAGAAAAAUCUAAAGAAACAGCAUCUGUAAUUGAAAAACUCAAUGAUCCUGUCUCACCUAUUAUCGAAACAGUAGAAAGCUCCGAUAAUGUCAGUUGUCGAUCUCCAAAGGACGAUAAGUUAACAGACGACAAAGAUGAUAAGUUAGCAAAUUCACAGGGCAAUAAAGCAACGGCAGAUAUUACGAUAAAAGGGAACCAAUCUUCUGUAAUAGAGAGUAUAGCGUGUAGAAAGGAAUCGGAGGAAUUAAUGGAAGUCGACGACGAAGAAUCAUUAUCGACGUUUCAACAGGAUGAACCUAUGGAGCAGGAAGCAAUGGAGGAGCUGCCGAAAAGUUAAUCUUGACUUAUCUAAUUGGCAUGUUUCUCCUUCCUUUUGUUUAACGUUUGAUAUCUAUUCUUAAGAUAGAUGUCGGAAUAGGAACCAACUCGUAAAUAUCUUUGCACAUGAACAAGAUAUUUGCGACAUGCUUGU